CAAGGAUCAGGACAAUAUUAUAACAGGCUACAUAAAUAUAGAGUGUGACACUGAUAGUGCUAGAUUACGUGGUGAGACAGAGUGCAUAGGAUUAACACGGAUUAAUUACUUAACACAAUGAGUGACUCUGAUGAGAGCCGAGGAUCUCCUUUGGAGCAGCCUUCCACGGAACAGCUUCUGGACGCUGUCCGGGGGGCCGGGGCUGGUCUCCUUCACCAGGACGACAAAACUCUAACCCCAGCAGAACUUGGUGCACAGGGACUGAACGUAGAUAAAUUCCCAAAACAGAUCCAGGAUGCAGUGUCCCAAGUCCUGAAGGGCUACGACUGGUCCCUAGUGCCCAUGCCCCAAAGGGGCCCAAACGGCGAGAAGAGGAAACCUCAUAUCAAGAGACCGAUGAACGCCUUUAUGGUUUGGGCCCAGGCUGCACGUAGGAAGCUGGCCGAUCAGUACCCGCAUCUACACAAUGCCGAGCUCAGCAAGACUCUAGGCAAACUCUGGAGGCUCCUGAAUGAGGAGGAAAAACGUCCGUUCGUAGACGAAGCAGAGCGCCUGCGCGUUCAGCAUAAGAAGGACUACCCAGAUUACAAGUACCAGCCGAGACGCAGAAAGCCCCUGAAGAGUGCCAGUGGUGGGCAGACGGAUGGCGGUCAGGUGCCCCCUGGACUCAUGUUCAAAGGCCUUAACGAGCAUUCGCCAUCCGCCAUCAGUGACGGAGACUCGGGCAGUGACUGUUCCAAUCACAACCCGAAUGGACCCCCGACUCCCCCUACAACACCCAAUCAGCACGACCUCAUUACACUUAAGUGCAUGCCGGACCGUCUACGUCACCGCCCACACGUGCCAGGGCAUCCGAUAGACUUCCGGAGUGUGGACCUGCAUACAUAUCCCUCAGAGAUGGUUCUUCCCAUCGACAAUUUUGACGACCAUGAAUUGGAUCAAUAUUUACCAACAACAGCAUCCCAUAUGCCUGGUACUCAUGCGCCAGAACAAUACACUUCCUGUUAUGGAACUGCUUCCGCCUCGACCACCACCUCAUCCUCCUGGACGUCGAACUAUCGGGUAUCCUCGUCUGGAAUGUGUCUGCCGUCCUACCCUCUGCCCCAAAACUCUGAUGUUUCGUCCCCGUACGACCUGUCCAACCACUCGCCACAGUCGGCCACAAACGCCUCCUCCCAGUCGCCACCCAUGCACAGCCCUUCAUACCAACCGAAUACAACUGGAAGCACAGGGACAUGUAAAUACAUUGGUGAGGACGACCAGACAACCGUCAAACUAGAGCCUUUAGGUGCAAGGUCAGCACCUCGUCAGUCCCAGACAUCAUCACAGGGACAAUUUGACUCUUACAACAUUUCCCCUCCCCCACGUUAUGAUAGUAACCACCACGGGAGCCAGUUCACCUCUCAGCACGGCUUUCUUCCGGCUAGCACCACCGCACAGCCUUACCAAUACAUGGGUGUGUCCCGCCAAAUGUUUAACCCCAUCCCCGCCGCCGUCCCCACUGAUCAGACUUGGAACCGGUUCACAUAACUCGUGACGUCACUCGAACGUGCAGCUAGGUCCUGAAGUCACUUGUUCUACAUGUCUGAACUGUUGUGUAUGUGACGUGACCCUUGUGAUCUCGUACUCAACAAGCUUUACAAACUGGAUAUCUAUUUCUACUGGGGACAUGCACAAUAACUUUCUACUACCGACCAGAAAGAAAUAUUACUGGUCCAGGUGUCUGACCAUAAAGAAAUAUUAGUUGUGCUAGUUUAGUCUGUUCGAUGUCCAAAGUGAAAGUAGAUCAGAGGGACUCUUUUGCCCCAUGUAUACAUUUCACAACAAAUAUUCUACAAAUAGAAUUCAUUAUAUGUCUCUAUUUAUUAUCUGUAAGAAGGUCUCAAAGAGAAGUAUGUAUGUUUGCGAGGGGUAUGUAUCAUCGUCUUAGUGUAUGACGUAUCCAACCAAAGUCCCGUUCUGAUGGAAGCAUUUGUAACCGGUGUUGACAUGUGACGUCAUCAUAAUUUGUUCUUUUCGUCAUCCUUCAAUGUAAAUUAACAUGAUUGGUGCUUACACCUAUCACGUGCUACAAGAUGACGAAGUCUCUAUAGCACUGGGUGCUUUCUUCGGAGAAUCAUUUUUGCAUUGUUAUUUAUAAUUACAUAUACUCAUCAACAGUACAAUGAUGUUAGAGUUUUAGUUUUAGAAUUAUUUUAUUUCAUAGAUCAACGAACUUUAUUGUCUCUGUUCCUCACGUCGUGCCUUUCACCAAAAUACAUAUAAUUUCAUAUUGUAAUUUAAGGGAGAAUGAGUUUGUGUAUGGAUUGCAUUACGAGGUCGACAACUGAAUGGCUAACAGCCCUGAGUUUUUAAUCGAGAACUGUUCGCUUUUUUGUACAAGCUUGUGUUCCAACUUUGAAACGACCAAAGCUAUCAAAAUUAUGUCAUUUUUUCUUGAUACGAUUCCAGAGUCUGGGUCUAUCUAAGUCGACCAGUAAUAAAUAUUUAGUAUUUGAGCUCAUUGCCAGGGCGACCCGCAAUAGGGUGACGAUAUGCAAUAAGUAAGAACACCUUAUGGUUGUUUAUUUUAGAAUAUUGUUAGUACAAUUACACUUAAUGCAUUUUCGGCAUUAUAUUUACAAAUGUAUGUAAAUAUCUUGUACAUAAUGAUUUAUACAUUAAAUUCCUUUUGAUAAAUUGA